AUGAUUGAAAUUACAGAUACUCAAAAGAUCGGAGUGGGCUUGGCAGGGUUUGGCAUGAUGUUCCUGUUUCUGGGAGUACUGCUAUUAUUUGAUAAAGGUCUUCUUGCUAUUGGAAAUAUUCUCUUCAUAAGUGGCCUGGCCUGCGUCAUAGGAUUACAAAGAACAUUUUUCUUUUUCUUCCAACGACAUAAAGUGAAGGCAUCUGUAGCAUUUUUUGGUGGAAUCACUAUAGUUUUAUUGGGCUGGCCGAUGGUAGGCAUGGUUGCUGAGAUAUAUGGAUUCUUGCUACUGUUUAGAGGAUUCCUGCCGGCUGCUAUUAACUUCCUAAGAAUGAUUCCAGUUUUAGGAUCUGUUUUAAACUUUCCAAUUAUUCGGGGGGUUGUCGAUAGGAUAGCUGGCGACAACGGUCGGAACAUGGAGGCGUCU